AUGAGGAAGGCCAUGAUAGCAGCUUGGGGAGACUCAAAAAGUGAAGAAGAAGAUGAUGACCAACCAGAAGAGGUGACGGCCAAUCUUUGUUUGAUGGCCAAAUCAAAUGAUGAAAAGGCUUACCUUGAGGAACUCCAGAAAGAGGUAUUUCUUGAUCCUAAACAGCUUAAAACUCUCUCUAAAGAUGUCUUGAUAGAUAUGUGUCUAGAAGAAGAAGAAUUCUUUAGAGAUACAUGUGUGAAGUUGAACAAAUGUGAAAAAGCUCUUAAGGUUUGCAAAGAACAUGGUGCUUGGUUGGAAACAGCCUAUGCCAAGUCUCAAAGCAAAUUAAGAGAGCUUGAUUUUAAAUACAAACACAUAACUGAGAUAGCUGAUAGAAUUAAGAAUAAAAGUAUUCUUCUGAAUGUUGAAUUAACUCAGUAUAAGCUCAUAAAUUCUGAUAUCAGUUCUAGCAGUUCCUUAAGUGAUCAGUUGCUUAAAUUCAAUGUUGAUUUUGAAAAUUUGAAAAAUGAGCUUUCUACCUUAAAAACUAAAAAAGAUCAACUUGAAUCGGAACUGAAUUCUAGAAAGGAUAAAAGUAUUGACCCAAAAGUCAUACCUAAGUGGAUAGCUGAAGCUCAAGGUAAAAGAAUUGAAGGCCUUGGUUAUAUGACCAAGAGGAAAGGUAAGCAAAAGAAAUAUAUUGAGCUUCCUAGCAUUAAGGUCCUAGUGAGGGGGAACAACUCGUGGUAUCUCGACAACGGUUGUUCAAAGCAUAUGACAGGUGAUAAAUCAAAAUUACUCUCACUAGAAGACUACCCUGGAGGAACAGUAACCUUUGGGGAUAAUAAGAAGGGCAAGAUCAUUGGAAAAGGCAAAAUUGGUAGAUCAAAAUCUCAUUCCAUUGAUAAUGUGUUCCUGGUCGAGGGCUUAAUGCACAAUUUGCUUAGUAUAUCACAAUUCUGUGAUAAAGGAAAUUCUGUAAGUUUUACUUCUGACUCUUGCAACAUCAUCAAAAAAAAGUCAGGAAAGGUUGUUCUAGAAGGAACAAGAAGAGGGAACACUUAUACAGUUGACCUCAACUUAAUCCCAAGGAACAACCUUACAUGUCUGAGUGUUGUUGAAGAUGAUCCCCUGCUAUGGCAUAAACGUUUUGGACAUGCUAGCUUUUCAUUACUGGACAAGCUGAGGUCAAGGAACUUGGUUGUGGGACUUCCUACUAUCAAGUUCCUACAGAACAAAGUUUGUGAUGCAUGUGUGAAAGGCAAGCAUGUUCGCUCAUCUUUUAAAUUGAAGAAAAUGAAAAUACAGAAAAUCAGUGGUCACUCCAUAGUCCAUCUCAGAUCAGAUCACGGAACUGAAUUUGAGAACUCAAGAUUCGAUGAGUUUUGCAGGGAAAAUGGCAUGAAUAAUAAUUUCUCAGCUCCAAGGACUCCCCAACAGAAUGGAGUUGUAGAAAGGAAGAAUCAAACCCUUGAGGAAAUGGCUAGAACGAUGCUAAUUACAAGUGGAUUGCCAAGGAACUUCUGGGCUAAAGCCGUGAAUGCAACAUGUUACAUCCUUAACCGGGUAACAAUUAGAAGUAUCAUCAACAAGACUCCCUAUGAACUAUUCAGGGGAAGGAAGCCAAACAUAUCUCAUCUUAGAGCCUUUGGUUGUAAGUGCUUUGUACAUAAUAAUGGUAAGAAAAACCUAGGGAAAUUUGAUGAAAGACGUGAAGAGGCUAUAUUUCUAGGAUAUGCCUCUGAUAGAAAAGCUUAUAAAGUUUAUAAUAAAAGCUCAAUGUGUGUUGAGGAAAGCAUUCAUAUAAUCUUUGAUGAAGUUAACCAAUUUUUGAGUGUGCAGGAACUAGAAGAUGAUAAUGAUUUUGAAAUUGGAUUGAUAAGAGACAGGGAUGAAGAAGAGACUCAAAAGCAAACCAAAGAAAAGCAGCCUGCUCCAGAAGAGGAACAUCAAGAAAAUGUAGAGGUUCCUCAACCAGAUGAACAGGUGAAUGAGGAACAAGCAGAAGAAGCAGAAGGAACGGAACCAGAAGCUCCUCAAAUUGGAGUUCCAGCAAGGGAAUUUCAACCCAGGCCAUUCAAGUAUCAAGGCUCCCACCCAACUGAUCUAAUUAUCAGUGAUAUAGGAAAAGGAACUCAAACAAGAUCACAAAUGAGGAACUACAACGCAUUCCAUGCAUUUCUGUCCAUUCUAGAGCCAAGAAAUCAUCAAGAAGCCUUAGGAGAUGCUGAUUGGAUAGUGGCCACGUAA